AUGGGAUCGUUGCCAGUUUAUAUUCCAACGAUAGAGAUCAUCGUUUGUAUUCUCAAGGCUGGUCACUCGAUCGGUCAACAUUCGGCUAUUUUCAAGAGUGGACCACUUCUAUUAUCCUCAAAAGGGAUUGGAUGGACAUCGUGGAAGAAAAGGUGGUUUAUCUUAACCCAAACUUCAUUGGUUUUCUUCAAAAGUGAUCCAAAUGCUGUUUCUCAGAAGGGAAAUGAAGUGAAUUUAACCCUAGGUGGCAUUGACCUCAACAAUUCAGGCAGUGUUGUUGUCAAAGCAGAUAAGAAACUCCUAACUGUGCUUUUCCCUGAUGGUCGCGAUGGACGAGCUUUUACACUUAAGGCUGAAACUACGGAGGAUUUAAAUGAGUGGAAGAUUGCACUUGAGAAUGCUUUGGCACAAGCACCCAGUGCUGCUAAUGUCACAGGCCAAAACGGUGCCGUCAAGAACGAACAGACUGAUCAGUCAAAAGACGCGUCAUCAGAACAGUCCAAAGAUAGAGAACCAAUGAGGUCUAAGGUCAUUGGCCAGCCAAUUUUACUUGCUCUGGAAGAUGCUGAUGGAGCCCCCACUUUUCUGGAGAAGGGCCUUAGGUUCAUAGAAGACCAUGGAGUCAAAGUAGAAGGGAUCUUACGGCAAGCUGCCGAUGUUGCGGAUGUUGAAUUUCGAGUUCGGGAAUAUGAACAAGGAAAAGUUGACUUUUCUGCAGGAGAGGAUGCACAUGUUGUUGCUGACUGUGUUAAGCAUGUACUCCGAGAAUUGCCAUCAUCUCCAGUCCCUGCGUCCUGUUGCAAGGCACUGUUAGAAGCAUGUCGAACUGAACGUUCUAGGAGGAUUUCCACUAUGCGUGCAGCAAUAUCUGAAACUUUCCCCGAGCCGAAUCGUCGUUUGUUGCAAAGAAUACUACUGAUGAUGCAAGCUGUAGCUUCCCACAAAGCAGAGAACCGAAUGAGCUCCACAGCUGUAGCAGCUUGCAUGGCACCCUUACUUCUCCGUGCUCUUUUUGCUGGGGAAUGUGAGAUUGAAAAUGAUUUUGAUGUGGGUGGCGAUGGUUCUUUUCAACUUCUACAAGCAGCUGCUGCAGCUAAUCAUGCUCAAGCAAUUGUUAUAACUCUAUUGGAAGAAUAUGACAGCUUAUUUGGGGAAGCUCGAGUGUCCCCAGAUAUGUACAUUGAGUCAGAUGAGAGUGAAACCGGGAGUGAGGGCUCUGAUGUUGAGUCCUAUGACGAAGAAGAUGAUGAUGAUGAUUAUGAUGAUGAUGAUGAUCAAGACGAAUCAGUGGAGGAGUCUGAUGCAGAUGAAGAUGAUGAUCUUGUUAGUGAGGCAAGCGUUGAGACUGGAAACGCUAGGGAACUUCGCGUGCCUGAUGACAGGGACCAUAAUCAUUCAAGUCCAAAAUCGUCAGAUAUGAGUAAAGAUCUUAAUCGGGUAACAUCCUCAAUUUCUCAUGAAGCCUACCAUGAAGAUGUUAGAAACUCAGAAAAACUUGAUAUUCCAAGUAUCAUUGCUAGUGUAGAGCAGUCAAAUAAGCCUUCUGGAGCACCUGAAGUUGCUUUCAAAGAUGAAAGUACUGUGCGUCAUACUAAUUCUACAAAUGCUUCUUGUAUUAAAAAAUCAGUAACAAUGUCCAAUGCCCCAGCACGUGAUUCUCGUCAUUGUUCUAAAUGGGGGCGUACCUCUGCAAGGAAGAACCUUUCCAUGGAAUCCAUUGAAUUUUCAGCUGAAGAUGAUGUUGGAACUGGGACGUUUGAAGAUGCCAGGACUGAAUUGCAAAGUAAAUUUGCCGAAGAGGUUAAAGAGAACAUAAAGCUGCAACAUGAUCCGCAAAAACAAAAUAGCCCGUCGCAUGAGCAUCAUCUGGAUCUUGAGAAAGAUGCAAGCCUACGGGAACAGUUGCCAGAAGAGAAGAAUUCUUGUGCAACAUCAACUCUUGAAGCAGGGCCGAACUUACCACCAGGAAUCUUACCAGGAUUAACCAGUAUUGAUGACAAGGCUAAGGCAGAUUUGGAGGAGUUAGCUUUGUUAGAAGCAGAUCUCACCCGUUUAGAAAAGAAGGUCAAUGACCUGAGAACGCGGCUUAAUCUACAACAUAAAACAAACCAAGAUUCUGCAUUGAAUUUCUGUAAUGAGCCCGAGCAUACCUCAAAUAAUGAAACAAAGCUGAAGAAUAAACCAGAUACUGAAGUUACAACCGGGCCACAAUUUGGCAAGUCAAGAAGUAAGGAAAGUCAAUUCGGAGCAGAAAAUGAUAAUGAGAGAAAGCUGGGAUCAACGUCCUUGCCAAGCAAUCAUCCAUCGCAAAAUAGUUCUAAGAAGUUCGGUACAAAGAAAGAGGGACUAUAA